AUGCUUACUCAGGAGGAUACCAUCAAAGCAUUAAGCUACAUAUUAUCUGUUACCGCCUGCUAUUUUCAUAUUUGGUUAUUUCUUCUCAUUCCCCCUCUCUUUCUACCUUGUAUCUGUUCUUUCUCAUUCUCUCUUAUUCCAUUUCUCUCUCUGGUAUUUGUUCUUUCUUAUUCUCUUUAUCUCUCACUCUUUGGUAUUUGUUCCUUUUUAUUCUCUUUCUCUCUCUCUCUCUCUCCUCUUUCUUAUUUUUUUCUCUCUCUCUCUAGUAUGCUUCCUUAUUCUCCCUCUCUCUCUCAGGUAUUUGUUUUUUCUCAUUCUCUCUCUCUCUGGUAUUUUUCUUUUCUUAUUCUGUCUGUCUGUCUCUCUCUUUCGUAUUUGUUUCUUCAUAUUUUCUCUCUCUCUGUGGUAUUUGUUCCUUCUUAUUCUUUCUCUAGUAUUCUUUCUUGUCUUAUUCUCUCUCUCUCUCUAGUAUCCUCUCAUAUUCUCCCUCUCUCUCCUAUCACAGGUAUUUCUUCACUCUCAUUGUAUCUCUCUCUCCUCAGGUAUUUGUUAUUUCUUUUUUCUCUCUUUCUCUCGGGUAUUUAUUCUUCUCAUUAUCUCUCUAAGGUAUAUGUAUUCAUAUUUUUAACCAUCGUGUCAUUUUUAAGAACUGGAAUUAUAUAUUAA